GCGUCGCUGCGAGCAGACCUGGGCUGGAGCGGCACUCCAACUCGGUGGGGAGUCCGUCCGAGCCGGGCGGCGGAGUGCGGCGCCGUUGAGGGCGCUGCCCAGCACGCUCCCAGGCCGCCCGGGCCCUGGGCUCUUGGAAGGAUCAGCGCCCGGGGCCGAACAGCGGGGACAGGCGGGCGCUGCCGUAGCGCGAGCCCGACGUCGUGUCUGGAGCGGUAGUGACUGGGGCUUGGGCGCCGCCUGCCCGGGCGGAGAUCCGGGUUUACCUAGCGCGGGGCUCAGGGCCCUGACGCGGGUGAGGCGGCCCCGAGAGCAUGAGCGGGCAGCGCGUGGACGUCAAGGUGGUUAUGCUGGGCAAGGAGUACGUGGGCAAGACGAGUCUGGUGGAGCGAUACGUGCACGACCGCUUCCUGGUGGGGCCCUAUCAGAACACCAUCGGAGCCGCCUUCGUGGCCAAGGUGAUGUCUGUCGGAGACCGGACAGUGACUUUGGGUAUUUGGGACACAGCAGGCUCUGAGCGCUACGAGGCUAUGAGUCGAAUCUACUAUCGAGGUGCCAAGGCUGCCAUCGUCUGCUAUGACCUCACAGACAGCAGCAGCUUUGAGCGGGCAAAGUUCUGGGUCAAGGAACUGCGAAACCUAGAGGAGGGCUGUCAGAUCUACCUGUGUGGCACCAAGAGUGACCUGCUGGAGGAGGACAGGCGGCGUAGACGUGUGGACUUCCAUGAUGUCCAGGAUUAUGCAGACAAUAUCAAAGCUCAGCUCUUUGAAACAUCCAGCAAGACAGGCCAGAGUGUGGACGAGCUCUUCCAGAAAGUGGCAGAGGAUUACGUCAGUGUGGCCGCCUUCCAGGUGAUGACAGAGGACAAAGGCGUGGACCUGGGCCAGAAGGCAAACCCCUACUUCUACAGUUGUUGUCAUCACUGAACCACCACUUACUUGGCCUGGGGGAAUUAAAGGAACCCCCCAAGGGGCUGGACCUAGUUCUUGUCUGGGCUUGGGUGGUCAAACAUGUAAGCUACCCCAGUCCCCAUGGCAGCAGAGGUGGCACCUGUCUGUGCUGGCCCAUGGAACGUGCAGCAUUGGGCUGACUGAUGGUCAUCAGGAGGGUGAAGGCUGAUUUGGACUCCAGGCUUCUUCCCUGGACAGCACUGUGUCUGCAGAUUACUUAAGUGGCUUCUGAUUUGUAAAUAAAAUCAAUGCACUGUGAAUCACACUCAGCCCCUUUCUUAGGCCUCACUUCUAAUAUGAUGUCUCCUCCCAGCCCUAAUUUUCCUUUGGAAACCAAGUUAACUAAAGCUGAGGGUUGCAGCUGAGAUAAUGGAGAAACAAAGGAGCCUAUUCUGUGCUUUAGGAUGGUGAGAGGCUAGGAUUGGGACAGAGCAGAACUCACAAUUCCUUCUUGGUGCUAGGAAGAGCAAAGCAAGCACUUAAGUGCUGUCCAGAGAUCAAAGGACCAAGCACUUCUUCCUCAGACUGGUUCUACCGCACAUGUCACAUCAUACCUCUGGCUCAUAUCCUCAGCUUCCCAUCAGCACCCUACAAUGUGGUUUAAUGGUAGAAAUAUCAUAGUUACAAUACACAAAAUUCUUUUGGGUCCAAAUUGGGAUCUAAUUCAGAUACUUAGAAAAGGGACUUAAACUCAGCCUGAAUUUAUCUGUAAAAUGAGGUAACCACUGCCCAGUUGAGGACUGUGAAGAUCAUGAAGGAAACGUAACUUUGACUAAAUGCUUAUCUUCCCUGAAGGGCUUUCUGCUGAAGGGGCAGGAAGUUCAAGACUAGGUCGAAAGGGGAGGCAGACUCCAAGGUUGCCUCAAAUUUUAUUUUUGGACCUUGGAGGACCAGGUGUUAACUGUAAACAGGGCUGACACUUCCUAUUCAACUAAAAGGAAGUAUAUGACAGCCCUUUCCUGUAUGGAGGCUUGGCCCCUUUGUUUCUGCUUUCCUGCCUUAGACUGGGUCCUCUGUAGUACCCAGCACCUGCCUCUGAACUAAAAACUUGGCCAAGAUGGUCAGACUCACACUCAGGAAGUCAUUUGGUUCUACUUCCUUUUUAAAAACCAAUUCCUCAAAAUACCCUUACUUCAUGGGUGAUGACUUCCUUUAUAGAGAUGAAAACACCAGCCACUCCCAAAAGAAAGACAUUCUGGCACCUAAUGACUACUGAGGAAACCCAUACCACUCCCAUGAGGUGCUUGGAAAAGUGCUCAGCUCCACUGUGUCCCACCUGGGCGUUAGUGCAGGGGGCUGGCUUCUGCUCUCACCCAAACCCACCCUCCCUCCUGUUGAGCUACAUCUUCCCAUCGACAACAAAACACAACACAGGGCAAGGGCCAUAAGAGUAAAGUUAAACUUUACUUUACAGUAAUUUUUUUCUAUAUACAAAGAAUUACAGUACAUGUUUAUGGGGACUCCUAGCACAGGGCUCCCCUUUUCCACUAAAAGUUUCACUUACAGCUGACAACCUAUGGGGGUGAGGAGCAAAAAAAAAAGGUGAUGGACCUCAGCUGUUCCCCCCACACCCCUUUUCUUAAAAAUAUAAAGAUAGAUCUCUAGUGUCAGCUUGUUUCUUAGCCAAGACUUUGAAAUCUGCUCUUCCAUGAGCUGCUGUGUGCUGCACUCACCCAUCUUCUACACACUCUCACCUACAUGCACACACAGGCAGCACCCACCUCAGACCUGGUGACCACCUAUUCUGUGCCCCUCCUUUGGGAGUCCAAAGCACCACAACCAUUCAUUUCUGCUCCUACUCCCUGGGCUCUCCUGUCCACCAAGCUUUGCUCAGCUUCCAGAGUGUUCCACCUGAAGCCCCUCAACAGCCUGAUGUCUGGAAAGUCAUGGGAAAGCGGCUCUAGAGAAGGAACCGCUUCAGAAUUUAACGUGUGCUGCGUUUUGCUUAUGUUGAUAGGAAACAUUUCUUUCCAGGCUGUAGAUUUCUAAUUAAACUUUCCACUU